AUGUGUGGAUUUACUACAUCAGAUGUUCUGAUGGCAACUAUAGAGCAAUUGCCAACUGAGAUUGGAUUAGUAAAAUCCGUAUUUGAGUAUCAACAUUCAACUCGAGUCAACACUUUAAAGCUUAAUCGCAAUCUUUUUAAAAAAUUAUUAUGGUUUUUUUAUCUGAUCGAAUUAAAUAAAAUUAGUUGCAUCAAACAUUCUCUUUUCUUAAUGACAGCAAAAGUGAAAUGGAAAUAUGUUGAUUUCACAAGUAAAUCAACAAAUCUUUCGUCUGGAUUAUCUCAAUGA